UCUAAUGAGUAUGAUUCAUCUGAUAGUUCCAUUACUCAUGGUGACCCAUCCCCAGUGAGCUUACAACGAUCAUCCUCAUUCCCAAAGAAAAAGGAUUCAGAACUGGCCAGGUUAAUGAUGCUACAGGAACAGAAUGAGGUUCUACACCAUAGCUUGCUGAAGACCACUAAGAAAAUGGAAUGUAUGGGAGCUGAGUUCAAAACUGGCCAUCAGCUCCUUGACUCUGAGUUACAAAGAACACGCAUAGAACUUACCAGCUUAAUGGACCGGUUUACUAGACUUCAAGAUAAGUGCUCCAGCACGCAACAAACCAACCAUCUUCUGGAGAACGAAUUGAAUUGUGUGGCACGUAUGGAUGGAGAGCGUGAAAGACUGAACCAGCGAAUCUCAGAGCUCACAGAACAGCUGUCUGAUGCAAAGACAACCAUCCAAAGUCUAGAGACUAUUAAUGUGACUUCAAUACUACAAGACGCCCUGGUGAAACAUUUGAAGUCUGAUGCUCCUAUAACUCCACUCCCAGCUGCACACCCACCAGCUCAGUUCAUGGAUAAUGACCAUUAUGACAAAGUCUCAAUGACAGGGGAUGACCAAUCAUUGGGCACGCUUCCAGAAGAGGAGGAAUCUGAUUGGUCAGAAAUGGGGGAGGAUGCACAGACCAAUUUACCGAGGGGCUCACAUGGAAUUCAUGAAAAUUCAUCAUACGUGCAGUGGUUGCAGAGGCAAGCCUGCUGGGAGGGGACCCAUCAGUUUGAGAAGGGGAAUGGUGACACAGAGAGCGAAUCCGGUGGCGAGGAGAACAACGAUCACAAUCAUUCACAUCCCCUACGGAUUCCACAUCUCAAGUUUACUGUUCACCCCGAAACCCUACCAGUUCCUGUUGCAGACGUCAGCCUAGCUCGCUUUAGGCAGAGCCCAGAUGGCCCAGCUUCGGAGGUCUACCAGAUCGUAGAUGUGUGUAAUCUAGGCUCCCCCAUUCGCGUCCUUUCUGCUAGUCUAGAAGAGAUUCAUUCGAUAGGAUUACUAAAGCAGCAGCAUCAAGAAGAUCAUCAUGGUCAGUUGAGGAGCAAUAAAUCCUUGAUGGACCUCCACCAAUCACAAGUUAGUACCAGACAUGCCUCAUAUGAGGAUAACAUUGUUUGCAAUUGGAAAGAUGCCAAUAGCCAGAGUUCUGGAGAAGAUGUUAAUUGUGUGGUAGGUCUGGAGUCUGCUCAAAAAAUGCUGAACCACUUUAUUCAUGAUGGAGAGAGUACACACUUGUAA